AAAGAUAGUCAGCUACCCAAGAGCAAAGCCCGUUAUUGCUUAUUGGAAUAUGGGCCCCGUUUAUGCUCAGAAGUUCACAUAUUGUUGUGAUUUUGAUGAGUCCGCCCUGGUGAACAGAAAAAAGUUUAAAUUCUCGGGUGACAAUGAACUAGACGAAUACGAGAAGAAUAAACAAGAAAGAUUAAGAUUGACUGAAAAGAGAGACGAGAAAGAGGCAGCAGAGAGGGAGAAACGUCGUCUGGAACGUCUGGAACGGGAGACGCUGGAAAAGGAGACAGUAGCCCUCGAGCAGAGAGAAUGGGAAAGACUGGAACAGCAACGUUUAGAUAAGCUCCGGGUGACUAGGGACGAAAAAGCGAGGUUAAGGAUGGAGAAACUGAGGAGGCAACAGGAAGAACAGGAGAGAGAAAAUAUCAGAAGACAUGCUGAGCGAGAAGCAGCUGCUAGGCAGCGCGAGGAGCAGGAACUUGCAGAGACGUUACGGUUACAAAGGGAGAGGGAGGAGCGAGAGAGGCUGGCUAGGGAGAAUAAGGGGAACAAUGAGAGAGAGCGAAAAGAAAAGGAGGCUCAAAGAGAGGCAGAGAAACAGGCAAGAAUAAAAGAAAAGAAAGAAAAGGAGGAGCAAAAGGAGAGGGAGAGAAGAGAAAGAGAGGAGACAGAAAGACUGAGGAGAGAACAACAAGAGGAAGAAAGGUUGAAGAAGGAGAAAGAAGAAGCGGAUCGUAGAGCAGUAGAAAACGCAGAGAGAUUAUCUCGAGAAGAGGCAGAAAGACUGGCUAAAAUAGAAGCCAAGAAAGAAAAGGAGGAACAGGAGGAGAGGGAGAGAAGAGAAGGAGAGGAGACAGAAAGACUGGAAAGGGAGAAAGAGGAGAGGGAGAGAAAAAGACAAGAGAUGGAGAGAUUGAAGAAGGAAAAAGAGGAUGAGAGGGAGAGGAAACAAGAGCUUGCAGAAAGGGAUCGAUUAAAGAACGAGAAAGAAGAAGCAGAGCGCAGAGCAAAAGAAAACGCAGAGAGGUUAGCUAAAGAAGGUACAGAAAGGUUAGCUAGAGAGGAUGAGGAAAAGAGGAUGAGGUCUGAAGAGGAGACAGAAGAAAUAGAGAGACUGGCUAUAGAAAAGGCUGAAGCAGACCGUAUUGCAGCAGAACAAGCCGAACGGUACAGGAUUGAGGCGGAACUCAGGGCUAAAGAUGAGGCUGAAAGGCUUGCGAAGGAGAACGCAGAAAGAGAACUAGAAGCGAGAGAAAAAACUGAAAGGGAAGCUAGGGAGACGAAAGAGAAAGCUGAACGAGAAGCGAGGGAUAAUGCUAAACGAGAAGCUAGUGAAAAGGCAGAAAUAGAAGCAAAAGAAAAAGCAGAAAGAGAAGCACGAGAAAAGACAGAAGGUGAAGCUAGAGAACAAGCUGAGAGUGAUGCAAAGGAGAAGGAAGCACUGGUACGUCUUGAGAAAGCUAAAAAAGAAAGCGAUAGUAAUAGAAUUGAGGCAGAAUAUAAGGCUAAUAAGGAAGCUGAAAUGCUUGCUCAGGAGAACACAGAAAGUAAAGCGAAAGAGAAGGAUGAAAGAGAAGCGAAAGAGAAAGCUGAAAGAGAAGCAAAAGAGAAAGCUGAAAGAGAAGCGGAUAAUAAAGCUGAAAGAGAAGCUAAAAUAGCGAAAGAGAAUGCUGAAAGAGAAGCAAGAGAAAAAGCUGAAAGAGAAGCCAAGGAGGCGGGAGAGAAGGCAGAAAGAGAAGCGAAAGAGGAAGCUGAAAGAAAAGCGAGAGAAAAAGCUGAGAGAGAAGCUAAGGAGGUGAAAGAGAAAGCUGAAAGAGAAACUAAAGAGAAAGCUGAAAGAGAAGCAAGAGAAAAGGCUGAAAGGGAAGCUAAGGUAGCGAAAGAUAAUGCUGAAAGAGAAGCAAGAAAAAAGGCUGAAAAAGAAUCUAAGAUAGCGAAAGAUAAUGCUGAAAGAGAAGCAAGAAAAAAGGCUGAAAGAGAAAACAAGGAGGCGAACGAGAAGGCAGAAAGAGAAUCGAAAGAGAAGGUUGAAAGAGAAGCACGAGAAAAGGCUGAAAGGGAAGCUAAGGUAGCGAAAGAGAAUGCUGGAAGAGAUGCGAAAAGGAAGUUUGAAAGAGAAGCAAGAGAAAAGGCUGAAAGAGAAGCUAAGGAGGCGAAAGAAAAUGCUCGAAGAGAAGCGAAAGAGAAGGCAGAAAGAGAAACGAAAGAAAAAGCAGAAAAAGAAGCACUAGUGAAGGCAGAACGUGAGGCAAAGCGGAGAGAAUCACUGGAACGAGAAAGAGCAGAACGAGAAAGAAAGAUGAGGGAACGUCUGGAGAAAGCAGAAAAACGGGAAGAGGAGGAGAAGCAGAAGGAAAUAAAUAUCGGUAAGGUGAAAUGGGGCUUGCCAGAGAAAGAUAGAGAAUAUGGCACGGCGGGGAAGUUGGAAAUCCCUGAAUUUGGUGAGUCAGAACACGAGAGUCAACAGAGAAAUGUGGGCAAAUUAAAAGUUCCCGCCAAUUUAGAGAAGAAAAAACCACCACCUUUCAAGAGAACACUUUCUCAGGUAGGAAAAUUAAAAAUCCCCAACUUAGAGAAAGGUCUAGAAGAUAGACCUAAAGUAAAACCCCAGUUCAAAAGAAGGCUGUCACAAGUGGGCACGUUUGAUGUGGAGGCCAACAACGCAGUCGCACAAGCGCCUCUUACCAGACGUUUGUCCUGGAAGAAAAAGGAGAUAUAAGGAGUGAGACUCUACCAGCUACCUAUAUUUACUAGACACUUCUGUACCCCGCCUCCCUCUCUUCAGACCU